AUGACGCGCACACUUCUCGCAGUGACCCUGGCAGCGGCAGCGGCACUCGUCUUACCGGCUGCCGCUCAGAAGAAGCCCAACUUCAAUGUCAACUCUCUUCCGGACAAGUGGGAGGCCAACCAAGCCGGCUCGAACCAGUGCACCAAGUGGGGCGCCUCUUCCUCGUCCUCUCUCUGUCAGAACGUCUUCAUCAACAACGCCAACGACUUUUGCCUGUGGGGCCCGAUCAAACCGAACUCGCAGAUCGGAGCCAACGAAGAGUCGGUCGUGUCGUACUGCCUGAAGUCCGGCUACGGCACGCGCCUCAUCCCCAACGGCUCGAUCACGGGUGUGCAGUUCCUCAAGACGCCCGACUUCCUCCAAGUGACGGGCGUCGGCGACUUUACACGCAUGAAUGUGCAGAAGGGCGAUGCGGGCGGAGAGCUCGACCCGCACGGUGCUGACGGCACGGGCAACCCCAAGGGCGGUCUGGUUUUCUCCAACAACGUCGCCGGCAGCGAGGGCAAGUUUGUCCAGAUCAAGGAGUGGAACAACUUUAUGAGCGCCUACGAGUUUUCCUUCCGUGCCGCCUACGGUCCGAAUGCGGCGCAGUACGCCCCGCACAUCUAUGAUGUGAUGGGCGCCUACUUCAACUCGAACCGCGGCAAAUUCGACAAGGGCGUCUUUGAGGACUGCCAGGGCAACAGCGGCAAGUUCCCGGGCGUUUACAAAGGAAGCACGUUCCGUCAGGGUCAGGCCAAGACCCCGGCUCCUCACAAGGCCGCUGCCAGCUCCAACUGUAAGGCGUACCCGACCGUGUCCAACGGCCCGGCUCCGCAAAAGGCGUACAAGAGGACGGUGGCCAAGCCGCUCAAGUAG